GAAUCCCGCAAACCCCACCCCCAACAUACCAACAAGGCCUCUUCGCUCUCCCACUCUUGUCAUCCCGGCGGCGGCGGCGGCGCGGAAGCGGAAGCAGGAGGAGCAGCAGUAGGCGGAGCCGAAGAUCAGCAAACCACCCCAGCUCGCGACCAUGGCUGCUGUGCCAGUCAACCCUAAACCUUUCUUGAACAACCUAACAGGGAAGCCUGUAAUUGUCAAACUUAAGUGGGGUAUGGAGUACAAAGGUUAUCUUGUUUCUGUGGACUCCUACAUAAAUCUUCAGCUUGCUAACACAGAGGAGUACAUUGAUGGGCAAUUCUCUGGGAACCUGGGAGAGAUUUUGAUCAGGUGCAACAAUGUUCUGUACCUCCGAGGUGUUCCAGAGGAUGCUCAGAUAGAUGAUGCGGACUGAGAAGACUUGAACGGUGCUUAGAUGGAUUGAUCAUUGAUGUAAUUUUAUUCUGACGUGUGUUUGGGUGUGCCGGGGACAACCUAUUCUGCCGGGGACCCACGACCGUCUUUGUGUCGCUUGCUACCAUGUACUUACAAAUGCAAAUGCAGACAUCUUGUCACCCCGAGGGCCAAGGCGGCGAUACUACUCCACCAGCUCCACUGCCGGAAAUCGAGUGUUUGCUGAUUGCUGAGUGUAUUUUUGUUUGCCGAGUGUUUUAUCUCGGCCACUCGGUAAAGAGAUUAUUUGCCAAGUGUUCUAUUUUUGCACUGUACCACUCGGUAAAUGACAAAUUCAAAGCAUAUUAUGGAAGCAGUAAAAUAAUUCAAGUGGAUGUA